UUUCAUUUGCUCCGGGCUGUUGCGACGGUAACGGGAGGCCGAGUUGUGGAAGACGAAGCCGGGUUUGGGGUGCUAAGGUGGGGGUGGGGGGGAGGUUGUUCGGUUCCCCUCCACUCGUGGGCCGGCCUGAAAAUAGAAGGUGGGUGUGUGUGUGAAUAGAAAUGGGUCCUCACCAAUGGCGACCGUCGUAAUCCCGUAAUUUUGCCGUAAAGCCGUGGGAGUCUCCUGUCCGCUUUGCCUCAACCACAACCCUGCAAGGUGCCUUGCCGAACCAUGGCUAGCCAGCAUGACGAGAUGGGAAAAGAUGGGAGUUUUGCCAGCGAGGAUCUGGCUGCCGAAGCCAUGGCCGCAGACAUGGACUCCUGGGUGGUCUUUGACGCCCGCAAGACCCCCAAGGCUGAAUUUGAGGAAUGGCUCCAGACUUACCAGCCGUCUCGCGUCUCUCGUUAUGGCAACCCGGAGUGCAACACCGAGCCGGUGGGCUGGAUUGCCAUCUACGGCCCUAGCUUCUGUCCGGAAUCCGGCGACGUCGUAGGCCUUCAAGAGGAUUGGGAACGUUUACAACUUAGCGGGCGCCACGUGACUUUUGAAUCCAUCAAGGAGCUGGCCCUUAACCGGCGUGUCCUGACCGGCAAGUGGCUGAUGCAUCUGGACAGCGGCUUCAAAGUGGACCACGCUUGGUGCGGCAUCGCCCGGGCAGUCCUCGAAGGACGUGUCAGGGUGGCUAAGGUGAGCCCCUGCUGCCCCGACUCGGACCGCAAGCACGUGAUCUGCGUGUACACCGACGACUUCACCAACGAAGAGGAAGUGCUGUUGGCCGAUUCCGUGAUCCGGGCCACGGGGAUCAAGUGCCUCUUAUCUUACAAGCCCGAUGCUUACACCUACCUGGGCAUCUACCGUGACAACCGUUGGCAUCUGUGCCCCACCAUUUACGAAAGCCGGUUCGAUUUGGAAUGCGUCCCCCGUCGCUCCCGCAUCCUUAACAAGGUCAGCAACAGCGAAGUGACUUAAAACCCUCGUUCCUUGAACGCGCGAGACUCGCAGAGGGAACCGCACCAAGGCUGGGGACUACAAAUCUCAUCGUGCAGUGUUGACUCUCUUUUACUCGAGAGGAGGAAGAUUUGCCCGAUGCAGGUGGGCUGCGUCGAUGGGAUUUCUGCCUCCGUCACAGGGCGCUUCGUUCUGGCCGAGCCAGGUGUUUUUUUGUGUGUGUGUGACACGGGUGGCCAUCCGCAUUUACCACUAGACUGCUAAAAACUCUGCGUGCUGCAAUUUGAUUUAUUGCAAAAAGGGGCCGAACAAAUAAUCCCUACCCAUUUUUUUUUCGGCACACAAACAGUAGAAAGAUUUGAUUUGCUGCUGUCUCUUAAUGUCUGCCCAUCUAGGGAAUUUGGGG